AUGCGGUACAGGGAUGUACCGCAUCUUUAUUGCAUUGAUUGUUUAGAAAGAGUGUUCGUACUCUUCCUGGCCAACUUGUGCCCAAUCUGUCAAGGCUAUAUGUGUGAUUGGGAUUGGGAUCCAUAUAUAAGAGACGAUGACGGCGAUUUCUAUGAUUGGGGUCUGGUGUGGCUGUUCGAGCCGGAACCUGUACCUGUGUAUGAAAAUUGGGACGAGAUGUCGGAUUGGGACGCAUAUUUAAGAGGCGACGACGAAGCUGAUUGGGGUCUGACGCUAUAUCUAUUACAUGCAACCGACAUCAACAACAUAUUCGAAGGUGUGCCGUCGUUGAUGAUCAUUCUACUAACUAGUUAUCAAGUAGUAUUUAUGACGAUAUACAGUGAAAAAGUAAGAACCUGUUUUAAGACAAUGGAGGAGGACUGGCUUUUGCUGAACACGGAAACUGAAAAAACUAUUUUACAACGGCAUACUAAAUACGGACAAUAUCUGACGAAAGUUUAUGCGAUAAUCCUCUUUUUAACGCCAUUGAGUUUUAUUCUUAAACCUACCAUACUGACGAUAAUGGAAAAAAAUAUAGAGAACGUAACAAUGCCACCGUUGUCGAAAUUGUCCUAUCAACUUGAGUACAACGCGAAAAUGGAGCAGCACUUUUAUUUCUUAAUGCUACACAGUUCUCUAGCUGUAUUGUCUCAUUCCUUGAUUGCUGUCGCUGUUGAUAGCUUCUAUUAUGCUUUGAUCCAACAUGCUUGCGGAAUGUUCGAAAUUAUUGGACACGUGCUGGAGAACAUUGGCAAAAAUAAUGACGCCAAUUUUCGUCUAGAGGUACAAAGAAUCGAUGAUAACAAUUAUGACGCCGCACUGGACUGCCUACGUAGGCAUCUUCAUGUAGUAGAAUUUGUCGAACAGAUCGAGUUCUUAUUUGCAAAUAUGUUUCUGGUCUGUCUUUAUUCAAUGAUACUUUCUAGCACUGUAUCCGGUAUACAGGUGAUGGUGAAUUUAGACAAUGGAGACAGUAUUGUAGCACCUGUGUCUUUCUAUUUUGCACAAUUCUUCCAUCUCUAUCUAUAAUUCUGGCAGGCUCAAUUUCUAUUGGAUUACAGCGAUAUUCCGUAUAAGUCUAUUUGCAAAAGAAGAUGGUACUAUACUUCUCGAAAAUGUAGAAAGAUCUUUCUUCUAAUUUUAAGCAGAACUAUGUCGCCCUGCAAAGUAACUGCUGGCAACAUCAUGCCCUUAUCAAUUGAAAAUUUUGGAACGGUAAAGUAA